UCUUAUAUACAAACAAGUCCCGGUCCCCAAUGCCCUCCUCCACACACCCACAUCACACACUUCUUGGCUCUUGCCCACCACCACCACCACCUCGCCGGCGGCAAUGUCGGCGCACCUCGCCGCGGCGCUGCUCCUCGCGCUCCUCUCCGCGGCGCGCGCAUCCGACGUCCCGUCGUUCCCGCUCUCGCAGGCGCAGUCCCCGUCCAACGCCUCGUCCCCGUCCAUAGCCUCCUCCCCGCCCUGCCACCUCGACCUUUCCGCCGAGCUCUUCGGCGGCGUGGCAGCUGCGUGCGGCGCGGGCGGAGGGUCGGGGUCGCUCGACCGCGGCCGCUGCUGCCCCGUCCUCGCGGCCUGGCUCUUCGCCGCGCACGCGCGCACCGCGCUGUCCGUGCCCCCAGCUCCGGCGCCCGCGUUGGCCGGCGAGGAUGGCCUCGGGCCCGGGGACGACGGGCCCAUGGUGCCCUACGACAACCAGCGGUGCGUGGACGCGCUGGGCGCCGCGCUGGAACGGCGCGGGGUGGCGCUGCCGCGGCCCAACGCCACGUGCGACACCGUGCUCUGCUUCUGCGGCAUCCGGCUCCACCAGAUCGGCUCGCUCCGCUGCCCCGCCGCGUUCGCCGUCAGCGCCGGCGCCGUUGCCAAGAACGCCACGCCCACCGCCGUGGUCAAGGAGCUGGAGAAGAGCUGCCGCAACGCCUCCUACGCCGGCUGUUCACGCUGCGUCCAGUCCCUGCAAAAGCUGAAGGGGAACGUCAGCCGUGAGGUCUCCGGCGGCGACCGCGCGCGGCGGAUGCUGGGCCGGGACUGCCAGCUGAUGGGCCUGACGUGGCUGCUGGCUGAGAACAAGACGACCUACAUCCCCACCGUGUCCGCCGUGCUGCGCGCCAUGCUCUACACCGCACACCCAACGGAGUCCGGCAGCAGCACCGGCGCCGCGGCGCCGCGGUGCAGCCCGGACCAGGAGAACAUGCCGCUGGCCGUGGACUCACUGCAGUUCGAGCACACCGGCAGCACGAGCCCGGCGUUUGCCUCUGCCACGCCGCGGGUGAUCAUCACCGCUGCCCUCCUCGGCCUAGUGCUCGGCCUGAUGAUCUGGGACGCGUUCUUGUAAAUAAAGAGGGCAGCGAGUGAAGCUUGUUGAUAUGGUAUUUUGUAGGAGUUAUUAGCUUCUUUUGCACAGUGGUGGUUAGCAGAUAUGACAUGGCUAUGAACGUCUCUAA